CAAAAAUAAAUUUAAGUGAUAAAGCAAAAGCAGAAUUUUUAGAAGAAAAGGAAUGUGCACAAUUCGGAAAUCUUCUUGGAGAAUCCUUGUGGCAAUCUGGUAUAGUGCUUAAAAACAAUUUACUGACCUUAGAAAAUCCACAAUCUCUUGAACAAUAUGCUGCAGCAUUGCCCCGAAAUUUGUGGAAAAUUUGGUUACCUCAUGUUUUGGGUUCACUUUGUAGACGUUUACAUAUGAUUUCAAAACUUUAUAAAAUUCUUCAUUCCGCACAUAUUAUUUCUUACAUUUGGGAUCAUAAAGUUCGUACAGAAAAACGGCGUAUAGAAUCUUCUAAUCCUGCUAACAGACUUGAAGUUGGAAAUAAUAUUUACAAUCUGUUAGCUUCAAAACAUUCUGAGCAGAUAUAUAAGGGUC